AAUCGAACUAUGUAAUUACGUGAAAUUUUAAUACGAAAAUCUAGAUCAAAAAUCAACAAAUCCAAAUUUUCAAUUAGAUUUAUAUUACCACAGUAUUAAUUGUAAAAGUUUUUGUAUAAUUAGUAUAGGAAGUAUAUAAUAUUUAGAUGUCCAAUAAAUGCAAUUUAAGGAUUUUGAGGAUGUUUUAUACGUUAUGAAUUUUCGCUUGUUCGAAAUGAAAGGAAAAAAUGCCUUCAAAUUUCCGAGUGCUACAUUCAAAAAAAGCAAAACAAAUGAUGACCGUAAUUGUGGAAUCUUAAGCAAGCAUCAAAAAAUAGCCCGAAUUUGCUUGAAAAUUUUCCAAAAAUAAUAAUUCUAUUUACGUAAUACACACUUCACUUGGCACCAGUCCAUUAUUUCGAUGUGUUGCCUUAAAAGUAACGACAACACGAGAAAAUCAUAAACAUUAUUUGUAUACAAAAUCAUAAUGCUAUCAUUUCAUCUAUGCAAUCAUUGCUACGAUGAUUAUUUCAAUUAUCAUUCACAUCAGUUGUCUUAAAACUAUUACAAUUUAGGAUUCGUUUUACGUAUAAAACAAAAUUCAAUUUUUAAAUUUAUUUGUUUUGCAAUUGUUUGAGUAUAAGUAUAAUCUUACUAAUCAUUAUACUUGGCCAUAAAUCAGAUAUUUUUUCAAUUUCCGUUGUUAAAUGUGUAUCACUUUGUCCUCUGUCAUAUCUGGUGUUACAUAGCCUUGAAGUUCUUUGUAGGACAACGAUAAGACAUUAUACUUAACAGUACUAUCAUAAAGAUUAAAAUUUUGAUAAAUAUAAAGAUGAAUUUAAAAAACCACUUGGUAAAACUUCACAAAAUCUUUAUUUAAACUUUUCCGAUUUUGAUUUGGAUUUGACUUAUUUUGUUAGUUAAAUGCAAUUAAAAAUUUUGUGAAGUGAUGUUAUCUUUUAUUUAUUUUCUAUAUUAAUUUAAAAAACAUUUCUCCUGCGAAACAUCAUUAUCGAUUAAUUAAAUUUUGUUGCCGAAAUUUGCGCGUCUAUCCUGGUUAUUUGCUAAAAAACAAAGCUGUUUAUUCUACUUUUUGAGAAAUUAUCAUAACAAACUAUCUUUCGUUAAGGUCUAUAAAUAUAGCAUGAUUUACAGCAUUAAACAUGGCUAAAAUGUAAAAUCUAAAAAUAUUUCCACUGAACUAGAACUGUUAAUGAAAUUUGGGCAGCCUAAAUGUCUAUCGAUGUGGUGUUCGCAAUCUUAAAAAUACGUGGCCUUAUUUUGUUGAAAAGUAGCGAACUAUUAAGAAAAACAAAAUUAGAGAAAAACAAAAUAGGAUCGAACUUAACAACUCAAACAAAAGCAGCUUAUUUGAAACAAAUGAUAAAACAAAUUGAAACUGUACAUGAUAUAUAUAUACAAAUUUAAUUAAAAUUAUGUUUUUGAAUAUUAUGCCAAUUUCGAUUAAUAAAUAAAUGAAGCCAUUAAUUUCUUCUACUUUCAAGUUGCGCAUUUUCGCCCUGAAAAUACAUUUAGUUGUAAUAUGAGUACAGAGUGUUUAAAAAUACUGCACUUAUUCAUUCGCAUAAAAUUUGAUGUUCGUGUGGUUUCUGCCAGAUUUCAACAUGACGUACGUACAGAGCGUUCAAAAAUACGUGGCCUAAUCAUUCCUCAAAAAUUUGAAACGCCGAAAUUUUAAAACUUACUGAUUCUCGCAAAAGAAAUUCAAAAUAUUUAAGCGUUGCAAUUACUGGGUACCAAAACAAUUGCUUGUGUAAAAUAAAAAUAAAAAAGAAAGCGGAAACAAAAGAAAGUAUGCAUUUCAGAUUGUUGUAGGUAAACUUCCAGUAUGGAUUAAUAACCGAGCCUUUAUCUUAUAAACUGGUUUAAUGGCGGAAGUGGAAAAGUAUGCAAUCUUCCUAAUGAGGAAUCAAUUGAAUGUGUUACCUAAUGAUUGCAUAAUUUCUUACAUAUGGACCAGAAACUGUCGGUGAGUGAAAGUAUAUGGUUGUUCGCGGUCAGUUUUGUUAGUAUCACACAACAAUAAGUACAAACAUGUCUAAUGUAUUCGGUCUUUUUGCCGCAUUCUUGCUAAACUUGCAUAUUGUCUUUGGCAUUAUUGAUAAACAGCCUGAGUUCGUACAAACGUGUAAGAUCAAAACUCCCGAUUUCGUAAAUUGUUCCACACAUGCGGUCCAAGGAUUAUUCCAUCGAUUUCCUAAAGGAUUGCCAGAAAUCGAUCUACAGCCACUUGACCCAUUAGAAGUUCCCGUAAUAAAAAUUUUACAAGGGGACGGACCUGUUAAUGUGAACGCAUCCUUGGCAAAUGUAACUGUUGUAGGAUUUGGAAAAACAAAAGUCCUUGAAAAUUUCGUGGAUGCCAAAACACACGAUUUUUAUACCCGCUUACAUUUACCAACACUGCGAAUCGACGGACAGUACGUCCUUUUAGGGCGAAUUUUGGUCAUUCCCAUCAGAGGUCAUGGUUCAUGUUGGUUUGAAGCCAGUGAUCUCGAUAUUUUUGUCAAAAGUGACGUCGAUCUGAUAAAAAAAGAAGAUUUUCACUUCUUUGACGUCAAGAGUUGCCAUGUUAAGUUCAGUAUUGGUGGUUUGCGACUUUAUAUGGGCAACCUUUUCGAUGGAAUCAAAGCCUUAGAGCGAUCUACCAACGAAUAUUUGAAUGCCAAUUGGAGGCCGGUCGCGGAAUCGUUGAAUCCAAUUCUGAGCAAAACUAUAGAGGACAUUAUGCUGGAAAUUUUAAAGAAGGUUUUCGACAACAUCCCCGCGGACUUUUUCAUAGGAGAUUUAGAUUAGAAACUAAACUAUCUGAGUAAAAUAGAGUUCAUCAGCAAGGUAACGUGUGAAGGAGUGAGGUUAUAACAUUUUAAACCGGUGGCAGUUGUGCAGUUUUUAGAUAAAAGUGUAAUUACUUGUGUAAAGUGCAGUUUUAAUAAGUGAUUUUAGUGUACCAUGACUAAUUUGGAGCCUGUUCAUGCUCUUAAUUUAGAUUUGCCACAACAGCAGAGCUUUGUGAGAUUUUACGAAAGUCUACCCAAA